AUGUCAGACAUUAUUUCCAUUCGCUGCGAAGUUUAUCAGUUUUAACUGUAAUCAUCAGAGUUAAUGAAAUGUUAACAGUUUCAGUUCAUACUAGGCUCUACAUGUUAUCCAGCUGUUUCAGGUUGUGCAGGAGAGUUUUUUUUCCUGCUACAAGUCCCCGACAUGUAAACAAUGACACGUAAUUUCCGGUUUCUUACUGGAAUGAAUUCAUGGGUUAGCCAAUCACAUCGCACACAUUCUCUGUCUGGGUCCAAUCACAUCCCUGGCGAAUGACGUAGUGUGACGUCACCUCAUCCCGAUUUGCAGUUAUUUAGGUUUCGACUGUUUUGGAUCAACGUUACUUAAAAUUUGUCUGUGUUGAUAAGUUCAUAAGGAAUAAUAUGUUUGAAACGGGAAUUCGGUUCCGGGACUGGUAAUUCUGGAUUUAUUCAGAAGAUUACAAAACGCUGCAUUUAUACUGACGUUUCCUGUAGUGUUUCUCUCUUCAUCUGUAUUCCCCAGAAAUUCAGCUUUUCACAGAAAGAACGCUGAUUAGCCCUUGCUGACAGCCUGCUUGUGUGUGAACCACAGGGGCCUUACCCAAGUGCUGGGGUGUUGGACAGUCGGAGGGAAGGGGGUCCCCUAUCUUCGUCACGGGGGGGCGCCCUAUCUUCAGCGCGGCCAUGGCAAGUCACUUCCGCAGCUACAUCUGGGACCCCGUCCUCAUCGUGUCUCAGAUCGUACUGAUGCAGUGCGUCUACUACAGCUUCCUGGGCUUGUGGCUGGCCGGCGUGGACGGCCUGGUGCAGAACCGCCGCUCCCUGGAUCAGAUCUUCAGCUACGAGGUGCUUGGGUUUUCUACACCUCAAGGACGACUCUCGAUGAUGGCAUUUAUCCUGAACUCGCUCACAUGUGCGCUGGGCCUGUGGUUCUUCAUCCGCCGCGGGAAGCAGUGUCUGGACUUCACCGUCACGGUCCACUUCUUCCACCUGAUUGGCUGCUGGAUCUACAACUCCCACCUCCCUGCUGCCCUCUCCUGGUGGCUGGUGAACAUAGCAUGUAUGGCUUUGAUGGCAGUGAUUGGGGAGUACCUGUGUAUGCGGACUGAGCUGCGAGCCAUCCCAGUCAACAGUGGGCCCAAGUCCAGCCUCUGAGGCAGCGGGGAUGUCUGCAGGGGCUGCUUUGUACCCUUCAGAGACUAUGAACUCAAAGCCUGGAGGUGUCCUCCAGCCACCAUGUAACUGGCAUACAAUUUGUAAGUGUGGUGGGACCUAUCACUUGGCCAGUUGGCACAGAUACGAUGAACAUUACAAGCAGAGCUGCACAAAGCAAUUGUUAGAUAAUUUGGUGUUCGGAAACCCUGACUGAGGAGAAUAACAUUAAACGGCUGCUUCAGCGUGUGUCUUGUGAAUCAGAACCUGAAGGGAAGAAAUGAAAGUAACAGACUCACUUGACAAGGGGAGGGAGUUCUGCAGUCUUUUCCAGAUUUUUUCCUCAUUAAAUCCGAAGUGAUGGUCAGUUCAAAGUUUUCCUUUUCGAUUGCGUUAAUGGAACAUGCUACCAAUACACAUCUGAAAUCAACCUACGGAGUCUUUUGAAUUGAUAUAUAGAACUUUCUGGUCAACCAAAUUUAAUAAUUGUUUCAUGCAGCUCUAACAAAUCUAAUAAGCAAAUAGGUUUAUGGUCAAUGUGAAAACUCUGUAUUUUGAGCUUUUCAGCACUUUUUUUCCCCCCACAAUGAGCUAUUACAAUGUGGGACAUCUGGUUCUCCCACCUCAUCUACUUUUAAUACUCUGUUUUGUUCAGUGUUGGAUUUGUUUUGGGAGGACAAUGGCGAUUUAAAAGCAAAGGGACAAUAUUUCAUUUUUAUCAAAUGGCCAUUUUCUAGGCUUUUAUAGUUGACUACAAGGUCUUGUGGACAUGGGACCACCUGAAAUGGAAGUAAAUUAAGCAGUUUUAACACACCACCCUCCUGCCCCGGCGUAAGUGUGAGACUCACCCUGGUGGGGAGAUGGAAGUGCCUUUCCAGUCUUGGGUCUUGCAGUCAUCCAGUACGUCUUUUCUGUGAAUGCUGUGGAUAUUGGGUGCUUUCCUUUGCUAACAUUUUCAAAGAGCAGUGUUGUUGAUUUUAUUAAAAUCUUGGGGGAGAGAAAUCAAGCUACCCUGUAUGCCAGUUUAAAAGUCUUACUGUUUAAACUACAGUAAGCGGUUUAGCUUAAUAGUGCUUAUAUUUGACAAGCCAAUUGUAACAGUAUUCUGAGGGCUCAUUUAAAAGCUGUGUGCCCUGAGUAUGAGCUGAUUUCCUCUCUCCUCACUGAAGGGUCCUUGUGGGCCCUUCUUAUCCAGUUACAGCUGUGUUUUAAAAGCUGAGUGACUGAUAUUGAGCAGGUUAGCAUGAAGAUAAGUCAGCUAGGCACUUUGAAUUAACAGUGCUAGUGUUAAAUGGCAGUCAUCAGUAUUUUAGCUUGUAGCUGUUGGUUUCUAAGCAGGAAAGGGAGGGAUUUUCCAUACAAUGUGUGGAGGAGUCAGUCAAUGAGAAUAGGGUCUCUUCCUGGCUAACGUGAUGCCUAGGAGGGGGAGGUACCUGGAAGUUUGUAAUGAGGUUAGGGAGAGAUAUGCCUCUUCCUCAGUCGCUGCUAAUGUCUCCUGGAGACUCUGGGGGUGCUUGUGAUAAGAUGGAUGGCUCGAUCAGGUGGAUAUAUUGGAGGUGUAUUGAGGUCCUUGUUCUUCCUGUGCAUUACAGGGACUGUAGACAAAAAAAUGAGUCGCACAACUGGAGAGAAAAUGCAAUACCACUGUCAAUUCCAUAGUUCUGUGUAAAGUUUCUAUUUGCUUAAACUCCUUGAAUGAAUCACAACCUUUCUUUCUUAGUAAUUAUAUACCUUAUGCAUUGGGAUGUUUUUGGUUUGUGCACAAUCAACAAGCAUCUCUAAUUUUGAUUGAGAACCCAGAACCCCAGAAGUAAACUCUCCUGGAUGUACAUAAAAACAUUUAUUGACAACUACAGUACAUAUGAGCCUGAAGAGAAACUUGAUGCUGUAUACCGAGUUUCUUGGUUAACCCCAAUGUUGAACCUAACACUUUGGACUACUUUGCUGUUUUAUAUGCACCUGUCGUGAGCCCUGCAAAUGCUUUCAUCUUGCAGCAUUUUGUUCCCAAAUUUUUAUGGAAACUGCAGCCUGGGCUGCAACUGGUGCUGAGAUUCUUAAAAGCUUUUUGACAGUGGCACAUUUUCGUUACUGUGUGAGAGUGCCCUGGAGGUUAUUGUGAAAACCAAAUAAAGGUCAUCUGUAAUGCACUUAA